UGCAGGCAGCGGAGACGGCUGCACAGACCGGUUAACGGAGGGGAACAGACAGACAGACAGACAACGAACCGGAGAGUCUGCAGUAGGAAUCAGCUUCUAAUCUGCACAAAUCAUGGAAGUGGAAAAGAAAACCACAGACUUCUCUGGAAAAUGGAAAAUGAAGUCUUCGGAAAAUUUCGAGGAACUUUUGAGAGCGCUGGGUGUGAAUAUGUUCCUGAGGAAGAUUGCAGUGGCAGCAGCCUCCAGUCCUGCAGUGGAAAUCACCCAGCAGGACGACAGUCUGUCCAUCAAGACCUCCACCAGUGUCCGCACCACCAAUGUCUCCUUUACCGUGGGUCAAUCCUUCAAUGAGACCACAGUGGAUGGACGUCCCUGCACGAGUUUUCCAAAAUGGGAAACAGACAGCAAGAUCAGCUGUGAACAGACUUUACAGAAAGGCGACGGGCCCAAAACAGCGUGGACCCGAGAGCUGACCAACGAUGGAGAACUGAUACUGACAAUGACUGCAGGGGAUGUUGUCUGCACCAGAGUUUAUGAGAGGGAAUGAGGAAAUAUUUUCAAGACUGUCAUAUAAUCCGCCUGGUUUGUGCCUCGUGCAUGGUUUACAUUUACUCUCCUUGUUUUCUUCUUCCUCCCAGCCAGUCAGAUGUUGGUCACAUCUCAAACAGUGCUCUGUGUAGAAAAGGCUUCAGUUCACAUGAAUGUAUGUUGGCACUGUAGUUGCUUUUAUAACACCAAAACUGAACUUGCUCUUUAUGUAUCAUAUAGAAAUGUCACACAUUCCUCUUCUAAAAGCUGUGUCUAAAUCCCUUUUUCAACAUGUUAUUAAACUGUUUUAUAUGAA